UUUCUUCUGGAACGGACUACCUUUCCCCUCGACAGACGGGUGAUGUAGAAACUUUUAUAUUAUACUUAUAUUCCUCAUUUCGUUUUUACAGCUAAUCUCAACAUUUUAUACUACGCACUGUGUUUUUAUUGGUAAAGAAUUCGGAGGAAAUUCCGGGCUGAAAAUCGGAUCUUUACCUUCAUCUGCGCACAUGAGUUUGCUUGAGUUAGAUUCAUAAUUGGUCUUGUCUGCUUUAUAAGUGAAACUGUGUAUUUGUCUUCUUGGCAAUAUUGUUCUCAGCCUUCUGGGCAAAAUCGGUUUUCUGGCCUUCUGGGCUCAGUCGAUGAGUCAUUAUUAGCCUUCUGAGCAAAAUUGAUCAUAGCCUUCUGGGCGAAUUCUUUUAAAAAUCUUUCUCCUGGGCAUCUCUGUUCAAAACUUUCUUAGUUCCGUUAUCUAUUCCCCUUCUGGGUAAAAUUGUUGGUCAGCCUUCUGGGCAAUCAAAUACCAUCUGUACUGGAUCCUUGGCAAUCUUGAUUUAGGUUUUCUUUCUAAGCUUCAGGUCCAAAUUAUGGACGAAGAUCAGAUAUCCAUUCAAGAAGAAGGGGAGAUAGAUAUGACAGAAAACGUAAAUGAAGACAUGACAACAGAGAGAGAUGCGAUGAAAGAUUUGAUCAAACAAAAUAGUAACAUUAUGGCAAGCGUAAUGCAGCUCAUUGCAUCACAAAAUAGAAAAAGAAAACGCUCUGCUUCCUCCUCUUCGUCAUCAUCGUCAUCAUCAUCACCCCGUGCUACAUCAAAAACGAAAAGAGCGCAAAACAAGUCCAGUGAAUUAAAGAAAGGGAAAGCAGUGAUGCGUACAAGUAGGGCACUCGGUCAGGAGGACCUUGGCCAAGACUGGUCGGGGGAUGAGAGCAUUUUAGAUGCUAUCGGCGAAAUGGCAUCCGGCUAUAACACAGACCCCUCACAAGAAGGAGCGGCCCACACUGGGAAACAUGAUACCGGUGGGGCGGAGACUGAGGUGUCGGAUGAAAUGUACUCAGACAAAGAUGACUGGUACCAAGAGGCAACGGAGGAAUACGAAAUUGAUGAAGAGGUGGGCGAACCACUUGAGGAAAAUUUGGUCAGAUUCAUUGAGAAGACAAUGCCAGAGCCUAUGAAAGAGGAAAAAUUGAAAGACAACAUUCAAAGGUACAAAAGACCAAGAAACUGUCUCGCACUCACAGUCAGGCGAACAAACAAACCGAUAUGCAAUCUUUUGAAUAAUUUUCAAAGGAAAAGAGAUAUGAAAUUAGUUUCUCAACAAAAGAACAUCGCAAAGGCAGUAACAGCAAUUGCUAAAUCGGCUGAAAUAGUUACACUGAUGGCCAAGUCCACAAAAAAUGAGAACAACAUGCAAAAUGCAAAACAAGCUGUCAAGGCCCUCACAGACGCCAUGUCGAUCCUGGGACAUACCCAGCAAAAGAUUACAUGGCAGAGAAAAGAAAGUCAAAAACCGGCGAUUCCAUUUGAGUCGCAGGGUAUCUGUGACAUGGCUUCUGAUGGCAACGACUUGCUGUUCGGAGAAGAGGUGGAAAAGAAGAUGAAGGAGGCGCGAGAACAAAAGAGACUGACGUCAUCAUUUCACGCAAGCCAGGGGAAAAGGCGAGGCCAUUUUUUAGGCCGAGGGAACCACCGCGUGAACCACCGCGGGGGCCCGCGGUGGAGAGGUCAGAAGAGGAUGGGCCAAGCCAACUAUGCUCCUCGCGGCUCGAACAAGACGACCAAUUGGAGUCAGUCAAAAAGGGCGUAGUGCUGACACGAAUAGAUGGGCAACAGGUAAGAGUUGAAGAUGGAGAAAUGAAGCGAUUGCUGGAACUUAAGACUAAAAGAUUUACAGCUGGACAAAUAAAGCAUUGUCUGCCACAAUGGCGGCGACUCACAUCAGAUAAAGCUGUUCUGGCUUUGGUACGAGGUACUGAAAUAGACCUCACAGAACAGCAAGAAGUUAUGGGCAGCAAUAAGCCCGAUUCAAGUUUUUCUAUGAGCAGGGAAGAAACGAUGAUGGUAGACAGAGAAAUAGAAUCUCUUUUAGAAAAAAGGGUCAUAGUUAAAUCGAGUCAUGAAGAUGGUGAAUUCAUUUCUGGCAUUUUUACUAGAGAGAAAUCCGAUGGUUCACAUAGAGUGAUACUAAAUUUGAAAGAAUUCAACAAAAAUGUUGAAUACAAAAAGUUCAAAAUGGAGACACUGAAGAGUGCAUUAAAUCUAGUAACUCAGAAUUGUUGGCUUGCCAGUGUAGAUCUGGUUUCAGCAUAUUAUAGUGUUCCCAUUAGACCACAGGACAGGAAGUAUUUAAAAUUUUUAUGGAAAGGACAGCUGUACGAGUAUACAUGCUAUAGUAACGGAUUAGCUCAGUGCCCGAGGUGUUUUACCAAGAUCACAAAACCGAUCUACGCAUACCUUCAUGGAUUAGGUCAUAUAGCCACAGGAUAUUUGGAUGAUUCACUGCUUAUAGCGGAAGACAAAACUGCAUGCAUUGAAAACAUAGCUGAUACAAUUUCAAUAUUCGAUGAAUUGGGGUUCGUUGUCCACCCUGAAAAAUCGGUCCUCUCACCCACUCAAGAGAUUGUAUAUCUUGGCUUUGUAAUAAAUUCCAAAGAAAUGACCGUGGCACUGACUGAAAAGAGGAAACAGGUAAUUUUGAAAAAUUGUGAAGAAAUUUCCAGCAAUCGCAUUCAACCAAUCAGAAAUGUAGCCCGUUUAAUUGGCCUAUUUGUCGCAAGCUUUCCUGCUGUACCAUAUGGCCCUUUGUACUACAGAACUCUAGAGAGAGAAAAGGUGGUGGCAUUGAAACGCAAUGGCAAUAAUUGGAACAAAUCCAUGCCCCUCUCGUCGGAGGCAUUGAAAGAAAUUGAUUGGUGGAAACAUAAUGUGACUAUCGCUUUUAGUCCUAUCACCAGGCAUGAUCCGCAGUUAAUCAUAAAAACGGACGCUAGUCUGAAAGCCUGGGGUGCUGUUUGCAAUGAAGUUAGAACUGGGGGCGCCUGGUCAGCAGAAGAAGCAGGCUUACACAUAAAUGUCCUUGAAAUGUUUGCAGCUUUUAUGGGACUGAAAUCAUUUGCAAAACGAAAGAGUAACAUACAUGUCCAAAUAUUUACAGACAGCACUGCCACUAUGGGUUGUCUGAACAAAAUGGGGUCAUCCAAAUCCAUGGAGCUCAACAGGCUGAGUAAAAUAAUAUGGGAUUGGUGCAGACAGAGAGGCAUUUGGCUGUCAUUAGCCAGAAUAGCAGGCACAGACAAUACUGAGGCUGAUUAUGAGAGCAGACAUGUCAAUCUAGAUACGGAAUGGAAACUCAAUUCAGACCUCCUGAUGCAUGCACUGAGUGUGUUGCGAUACUUUCCUGAGAUUGAUCUUUUUGCAUCAAGAUUAAAUCAUCAGUUCAGACAUUACAUGUCAUUCAAGCCUGACCCAGAUGCACUGGGAAUAGAUGCUUUCACGAGAAACUGGAGUAAUAAAAAGUUUUAUGCUUUCCCACCUUUUUGUUUGUUAUCUAGAGUCCUUCAAAAAGUCAUCCAGGACGAAGCAGUUGGAGUGAUUGUGGCACCCUACUGGCCAGCUCAGCCAUUCUUCCCAUUGUUGAUGAGACUUCUGGUCGACAGUCCAGUUCUUAUCUCAGCAAGGAAAAACCUUCUACAUCAACCCAGUCAUCCAGACACUCACCACCCACUUCACAAGAAGCUAAGACUUCUUAUAUGCAAAGUGUCGGGGAGAGACUCAGAACCCAAGGCUUUUCACCAAAAGCUACCGAAAUCAUCAUGGCCUCGUGGAGGCCAGAUACCAAAAAGGUUUACUCCACAUAUAUUUCCAAAUGGGAAAGGUACGCUUCUACAGUCAAAGUGGAUCCAGUUUCACCACCUAUAGCAGUAGCCAUCAAUUUUCUGGCAGAAUUACAUGAAAAUGGGGCAUCACAUUCGGCCGUAUGCAUUGCUAGGUCAGCACUAUCAUGCUAUUUAAAUAUUCCAGACUUCGGUAACCUUGACUGUGUCAAAAGGUUUAUAAAAGGGGCUUUUGAACAAAAUCCAUCUUUCCCAAUGAAAAGCAUGACUGGCUCAUGGGAUCCGCAUCAGGUCUUAACUUUUGUGGAGCCUUGGGUUCCUCACGAGUCUCUCUCCUUGAAAGAAUUAACUUUAAAACUCACCAUGUUAUUGGCCUUGUUAUCGGGACAAAGAGCCCAAACUAUUCAUAGUUUAGAUAUCAAGAGUAUGGAAAUAAGCAAGAACAAAUGUACAUUCUAUGUUUCCAAAUUAUUGAAACACUCCAGGAAAAGUCACCACCAAGAACCCUUGGAAUUUUUAGGAUUCAAAGAUAAUCCAAGCUUAUGUAUUGUCAGCAUCCUGAAAGAAUAUCUGAAAAGAACACAGUCAUUACGAACUCAUAUCAAUGAGUCUCGUUUGCUCAUCAGUCAUCAGGCACCACACAAACCUGUUAGCAGAGACACAGUCAAAAGGUGGAUAAAAACACUGAUGGAAAUGGCUGGUAUUGAUAUUACAACCUUUACUGCUCACAGCACAAGAGCUGCUAGCACAUCUGGUGCAUUGAAAUCAGGAGUGCCAAUACAAACCAUAUUGAGCGCGGCUGGCUGGUCGCAAGAAAGUACUUUUGCUAAGUUCUAUAAGAAAAAUAUAAGACAAAAUUUCGGUCAAAGCCUUCUGGACUCUUAUUUCGCCAAAACAGGCAACAUUUGACUGCAUGUAGUUUUGUACAGAUAUACUGAAAAUGUAAAUAUACAGAGAAUAUAUCUAGCAUGAUAGAAAAUGCUCUGUUUUUACUGUUACAUUGAAAGUUGCUUAUAGCGUUACAUUUUGUAAUAGUAUUUAUCUCAUAUGAGUGAUGGUAUCAAGCUUCAUUCUUUAAAUAAUCUUUGUUUUUACAUUCAUGUAUGUACAUGUAUACCAAAUACAAGAAGCUACAGAGAAUA